ACACGCGGUUGUGAGAGAUAUAAGACAGAGGUGCUUCGACAAAAACAUACGCGAGUUGAAGAAUUAUCUGUAAUUUCGCGGGGAAAGAUUAAAAAAAUCUCGAAACUUUCCACCCUUUAAGUCCUUGAUAUAAAACCAGUAAGCCUGUGGAAAAGUCUACGGAAAUCCACCUGUCAAAACAAUCUAUAAUCUUAUCUAUAAUCUUAAUAUGCCGAUAAGCAUUUCUGGUUGGGGAAAAAAAAUUGUAUGCAGGAAAAUUGGAACUAUGACAUGGUGACAGGCUUCCUCUUAGUGACAAUUAUUUUGUCAAUAUGUCUAACGCAACAACAGUGAUAGUUUAGUAGUACUAUAUGACGAUGAUAUUUUUAUAGCCAGCGCAUGUAUAUUUGUUGGAAGACGGCUUAGAAUUGUGGCUAACGAUGUUACGAUACAGCAAAGAACUAACCGUCGACAUGCUGCAGUUGUAUAAGAACUUGCAAGUCUUGUUUGAACGUGCAUCUGAAACCCUUGAUAGUUGCUUGGCGAUCACUAAAUCGUAUCUUUUGCUUGACGUUGGGAUGUUGUUCAAGGAAUACGGUCAUGGAUUGUCUACAGUAUUUUCCGAGCUACUUGAUUACGUGAAAGAAGACCAUGCAUCGAAAAUUGUGAAAAUCCUCAUUUUAUCCUUCCAAUUGUUACCCAACGAAUUUUUGGUCAUGUAUCAAAACACAGUUUUAAAGGUUUUAAAGUAUACUUUAAAGGACGAAAACUAUCCACCGCUGAUGGUGAAUUACGUCACACUUUUGGCGCACAUUGCGUUUCGAACGCCUCAAGCCUUUUUCCAGCUUUGUGAAGUGUAUUGUAAAAUGAACUGUUGCUCUUAUGAUGAUGUUAUGGGAAGGUUAUUUGACUUGUGGCUCGACAAAGUCGAUUGCAUGAUGCUGCAGGAAAAGAAAAUGUCGGCUUUGUCUCUGUCGAGCUUGCUCCCGCUUAAAGUGAAGUUCGUUCAUGAACGAAUUGGUUUAAUUUUGGACUUGUGCGUCAACGUCAUGUACGAUUUGCAGAGGUCUGGUGCAGACAGUGUUUCCGAUCAUUGUGCAGUUGAUUCAUUAAUUGUGGAUGAAGCUAACACGCGGAUCGGCGAAGAGAAUGAAGAAGAAGAUAGCAUGGAAGAUGCAAAAGAAAGAUGGCUGCUGUCACAAGAUCCUAUCCACACUAUCGUCUUGCUGCACUACGUACGUGACAAAUUAAACGAAACGAAACAAUCGUACGGCGACGAACAUUUUGCGGACGCAAUAAGUACUAUGGAUCCGGUUGUUGCUAAACAGUUGAUGACGUUGAUCAGUUAACGUCGCUGAUAAUUUAUUGACGCUGAUUGAAACUCAAACUUGAUAAGAUCUGUUACAGGCUGUCCACUUUUUUAGAAAUGCUAGGAUACAUUAGAAACGGAAUUUUCGGACGGAAAAACUUUCGAUUUUUUUUUGUCUAAAAAUUUUUUCUGUCCCAAAUUUUUGUCUGCCGAAAGUUUUUUUGUCCGAAAAUUUUGGUUUUCUAAUUUUUUUAAAAAAGGACCAGUGCAUAGAAAUUGUAUAAAGGGUAAUCAGUGUUUGUAAAUUAUAUAUAGGGUAAUCAGAAAAUCAAUAAAAACUGCAGUUUUUGAACUUAUUGUUUUCGUCAUUUUCACAUUUGGCUGAAGCUCUAUCUAUAAAGUUGGAUCUUAAAGACCUUUUUUUAGAUCUUCUUUUUGUGUCAUUUUCCGUAAUCAUUACUUUUGAUAUUGUUUAAAAUUCGUUUAAAAGACUUUAUAAAUCUUGUCCGAAAGUUUUUCCGCCGAAAAUUUUAGUUCUUAAUGUAGUCAUGAAUAGACACAAAAUAUUUUCACGAUGCCAGGAAAAAAGCAGGAUUAUUUUCUUUGAUACGUCAUGAAAAUCAGAAAUGAAUGUUGUGAUAACACACUUGGAAUUACACUUUGUUAGCUAUUAGCCGUUUAAGGAUUUAACAGGUUUGAUUUUUUUAUAAUUUGUAUGUAACUGCAAAUCAGGAUACCUUUCGCGGAUUUUUGCGAAAAUAAGUUUCUGUGAAAAUUCGAAAUCGGCCUGAUCCGCAAAGAUAAAAUUCCACGAAUUUUUUUUUAUUUCCUGAUAUUUUUAAAGAAAACUUAAAUUUACACUAAAUCCGGGUAAAUUUUAAUACAAAAGACAACGAUAUAUAUUCUUUAUAAUCUAUCUAUCCAUUAUAAGUUUAUUUAUUUAGUAUGUUGGAAGAUGAUUUGAAUGAUGUAUAAACUAAUGUACCUACAAUUUAUAUACAAUAUCAUUCAUUUUUUCUUUUAUUGUUACUUUAUAUUUACCUGAAAAUUGUGAGCCGCGAAAAUAAAUUCUUGCGAAAUUCUAAAUUUGCCUUAUCAGCGAAAAUAAGUUCAACGCUAAAUCCACGAAAAUAAAUUUCCUUCUUCCCCGCGAAAGUCCAGAAAGAAAAACCCGCGUAAAAAAGUCUUCGUGAGAAUUAAUUUCCUUGGGUAUACGUUCUAAAGAUAAAAACAACUAAAAUGGCUAAAACCUUUUUUCUGCAAGCUUUUGACCUUUAACAUAUUUUAGUACAAAUAUUGUAAAUUGCAUUGCUCUUUAGUUUAUUAUAAAAGUGGUUUAGUGUAUUAUAAAAUUUAGAAAAUUAAUAUCAAAAAUCAUUUUAAUAUUCCACUGAUAAUGAGAAUAUAUUGGUACGGCUGCCA